AGGGGCGGGGCGCCCGCCGCAACUUCUGCCUUUGCCUCGCUGGCGCUCUCCGCGGAGUCGCGCAGUGGCUGCGGGCCGUGGGCUGCGGAGCCGCCAGCCGAACCGGAUCAGCUCGCAGGAGAACCCGCGCGCCCCGGGCAUCCGUCGGGCGCCUGAGGCACCUCCUGCGGGGAGUCCCCACGCGGCCGCGCUCACGCGUUGUCCGCAGCGGCUGGGGGCCCGGGACGUGCGGGGCCGCGAGGCCGAGCCGGGCGCCCCCCAGCGGCCGGCGCGGGCCUCAUGGCUGGGCCGGGCGGAGCGGAACCGGCGAGGUGAAGCCCCUGGGCCCGCAGCCGGAGUGUGUGGCGGGGGCGCCGGCUCCAUGGGCAGCAGCGCACAGCGGCACGAUGAUGGACGUUAACAGCAGCGGCCGCCCGGACCUCUACGGACACCUGCGUUCUGUCCUCCUGCCGGAGGUAGGGCUGCCGGACUUAAGCCCCGACGGCGCCGGGCCGGUCGCGGGCUCCUGGGCGCCGCACCUGCUGCGCGGGGUCCCUGAGGUGACCGCUAGCCCAGUGCCCACCUGGGACGCACCCCCGGACAAUGCCUCCGGCUGCGGGGAACAGAUCAACUACGGCAGAGUCGAGAAAGUUGUGAUCGGCUCCAUUCUGACGCUCAUCACGCUGCUGACGAUCGCCGGCAACUGCCUGGUGGUGAUUUCGGUGUGCUUCGUCAAGAAGCUUCGCCAGCCCUCCAACUACCUGAUAGUGUCCCUGGCGCUGGCCGACCUCUCGGUGGCUGUGGCGGUCAUGCCUUUUGUCAGCGUCACAGACCUUAUCGGGGGCAAGUGGAUCUUUGGCCACUUCUUCUGCAACGUAUUCAUCGCCAUGGACGUCAUGUGCUGCACCGCCUCAAUCAUGACCCUGUGCGUGAUCAGCAUCGACAGGUACCUGGGGAUCACGAGGCCACUCACGUACCCUGUCAGGCAGAAUGGGAAAUGCAUGGCGAAGAUGAUCCUGUCCGUCUGGCUUCUUUCUGCUUCCAUCACUUUACCCCCGCUCUUUGGGUGGGCUCAGAAUGUAAAUGAUGACAAGGUAUGCCUGAUCAGCCAGGAUUUUGGCUACACCAUCUACUCCACCGCAGUGGCAUUUUACAUCCCCAUGUCCGUCAUGCUUUUCAUGUACUAUCAGAUUUACAAAGCCGCCAGGAAGAGCGCCGCCAAACACAAGUUCCCCGGCUUCCCGCGCCUGCACCAGCCAGACAGCGUCAUCUCCCUGAAUGGCAUGGUGAAGCUCCAGAAGGAGGUAGAGGAGUGUGCCAACCUUUCAAGACUCCUCAAACACGAAAGGAAAAACAUCUCCAUCUUUAAGAGGGAACAGAAAGCAGCCACCACCUUGGGGAUCAUCGUCGGGGCCUUCACUGUGUGCUGGCUGCCGUUUUUCCUCCUCUCGACAGCUAGACCCUUCAUCUGUGGCACAGCCUGCAGCUGCAUCCCGCUGUGGGUGGAAAGGACAUUUCUGUGGCUGGGCUAUGCAAACUCUCUCAUUAACCCUUUUAUAUAUGCCUUCUUCAACCGGGACCUGAGGACCACCUAUCGCAGCCUGCUCCAGUGCCAGUACCGGAAUAUCAACCGGAAGCUCUCAGCUGCAGGCAUGCAUGAGGCCCUGAAGCUCGCUGAGAGGCCUGAGAGGCCGGAGUUUGUGCUGUAAGACAAAACUCUGACUACCGUAGAAAAAAAAGUCAUGAUUCAUGAUCAAAAGUGGAAUCAUGAAGACGAGAAAAACGAGGCAAGACAGAGGUGGAAACAGAUCGAAAUCAUUUGCUGAGACUGUGGAAUGCUGCUUCUGUUUUUUCUUGGGAUGGUUCAGAGUGACAAGCAGGGCAAUCUGUCGUACAAGGGUAUUAUGAGGGAGACAGUGACCUCCCCUUCUUUCCCCCUGUGGAUCAGUGCUAUUGUGUGCAAAUCAAGAUAGUGCUCAGUGUAAGAUAGCCAGAACAGCUCAGCAGUAAGCUCGCGAACAGAGCUGAGUUCCAGAGCAGUUUCUGAUGCUUUGCGUUUGUCCAAGCCCAUGAAAGUGGAAGCGAGUUCCAAUGUGUACUUCCCAUGCUUCCAAGUCUAGGCAUUGUGGUGAAUAUUCAGGAAUCAUUCACAAGACAGAAUUAAUUGUGUGGUAGGACAGAAGGGUGUUUUCCCAAGCUAACUGUGGUAAGCAUAGUGUUGACUAUGUUGCAUGUCCUGUGUUAGAAAACAGAAUCCCGUCAUCAGCUCACACAAAUGACUUCCCAGAGCAGUGUCUGUUCUAAGCUACUGUCAAGCAGUUUGGCUUUGUGCAGGGUCCCUGUGACCUCCCCACCAACGUACUUUCUUUGUUAACUCAGUUCUUGUUAUGGUAUAACUCAGGAACAGCUCUCAGGAUGGAGAGAAUCCUAAAACCUGAAUAAAGCAUUUUCUUGUGCUCACACUUCAUCCAAGGGGUCCUGAGAGGUGAGCGGGGUUCCGUCCGUGAGGACUUUUUCACCUAACCGCACUGUUCGUUAACGUGGGAGUUGGCACUGAACUUUUGACUCUCAUUGCACAUGGGUGCUUUGGGCCCACAAACUGGUUCCUGACUGGUUUUGGGAGGAAGUAGGGGAAUAAGGGGGUUUCCAUGAGAGGUUGUGAUACUUCUGGAAAUGGAGCAUCAAUAUGUGAAUUCCCAUUGAGCAUCAUUGUGUUAAAAUGAAUCAUAUGAAUUGGAGGUCACCUGGAAUCCUCACCAUCGAUCAGUAAAUGCUCCAGAAUACCAUUCUGUUCCUUCUAGAGGAUUUGUUUUUGUGUUCUCUGUAUCUUAAAUCAAAUGUGUGCCUGGCCAAUUCUGUUCUCCUGCUCUCUCCCUCCCUAAAGUGAUAGGCAUUAAGGGCAGACAAGGAAACAGAAAAGGUCCCUUUGUGGAUAGUAUUUUUUUAAUGGAAUUAUGAAAUAUCAUGAGCUAAGGAGACAGAAAGACAGUAUAACAGAAGAAUACCUCUAAGGGGAUAAAGUGAGUGCAAACCUUCCUUUGAUAAAAGAGAACUGUAAGAGAAUAUUAUUUUCCUACCAUAAAUGUAGCUGUUUCCUCAGAGGAUAAUGUGGAAUUCCAACGUGGAUUAUGGAUUUCUCCCAACUUUCAUUGACAUUGCUUCUUACCAGACACAGGGCAAGAUCUGCCUUUCCUGGAAGGGGAGGUGGGGCCCUGCCCGUUCAGACCCAGCUUGUACAAAUUCCUGAACCGCAUAUUUGCUAAAGUGACUGUACAUACUUAUAUUCAUAAUUUAAAUGAUUAAUUCUGGUCAGAUAAAUGUUAAAUUUGAAAAUGUUUUAUUACAUUACAUCAAAUAAAGUUUAUUUGUAGCUGUAA